CAGUAGUUUGGGCAGUGAAGUAGCACCGGAAAGGCAGGAGUGGGCACCUAAGGGAAUGGCAUACUCAGGGGCGGACUGACAACUCAUGGGGCCCCCGGGCAAUAGGGGAUCAUGGGGCCCGUGUCCUUGCCCAAACUCAAAAAAGCCUAUGAAAAAAGUACCAGGGGCAUCUCAUGGGGCCCCCUACUGACCCCUGGCCCUCGGCAGUGCCCGAGUUUCCAAAUGGUCAGUCCGCCCCUGGGCAUA